AUGCAUCAAGCAGCAUCAAAUAUCAACUACAAAAUCUGGAUCUUUUGGGAUCAAGAUUUUACAGGCUCAAUCAUUGACCAAGAUGAGCAGCAAAUGACUGUUGAACUAAAGCAUGUAGAAGCAGUUGGAGUUUUCCAGUUAACUAUUGUUUAUGCCAAGUGUAAAGCAAAUCUCAGAAGACCACUGUGGGAAGUAUUGAGGCAAACAUCUUUGACCUGUACCAUCCCAUGGUGUGUGCUUGGAGAUUUCAAUGUUAUUGCAUCUAUUGAAGAAAAGAUAGGGAGUCUACCAUACCAAAUGAGAAAGAGCUUGGAAUUCCUCAGUAUGAUAGAAGAUUGUGGACUUGUAGUCCUGGGGUUCUAUGGUUCUAGGUAUACAUGGUCCAAUGGCAGAGGUCCAGGAUCAAUAAUUUGGAAAAGAUUGGACAGAGAGAUGGUAAAUGACAACUGGCUGAUCUCCUUCCCAGCUACCACCAUUUCACACCUAUCAUCCAUUGGGUUUGAUCACAAUCCUCUGCUGAUGGAGAUGAAUAUCAGACAGGAUACUAGCAAAAAAUAUUUCAAGUUUCUCAACUGUUGGGUGGAAAAUGAAGGUUUCAUACCCCUGGUUCAUGAAGUCUGGAAUCAGGAAGUCAGAGGCAAUGCUAUGUGGAUCGUCCAUCAAAAGCUUAAAGCAGUCUCUAAUGCUUUAAGUAAAUGGUCGAGGCAGGAAUAUGUGGAUAUUUUUUAG